UUUGUUGGCACGUUGAUGAACGACCAACACAUUGGGGCUGUGCUUAAUCAAAUAAUAAUAAUAAUCAAUUUAUUUAAAUUAGGCCAGUACCACAGUGUCCCAUUGUGCAGCAACCAAUAUUGGAUUGCGCGAUCAAGGUCAAGUGAACAGCAGCAACAAGCAACGCCGACAGGAUGAGUCAAUACGCAAUCAUUUUGCAACGUGAGUUUCCGGCUAUAGACAAUGAGAUGAAGGACUAUGUUGAGGGCGUCCUAACUGGCAGCGAAGAAGAUUUCGAUACGUGCGAUGACAUCUUCGAUGCGGUGGGCGACAUACUCCAAGGUAUCGAUGGCGAGCGUUCCGAGGAGAAUAUACGAGGGCUUUGUGAUGAAUUCUUCAAUAUCAUGAAGAAUAACGCGAAGAAUGUCGAGCGCAAGGUGCUCAAUGCGCCGGUUAACAUUGAGGAGAUGGCCAAGAAUAUGGAGCGCAUGGACAAGGAAAUGAAUAGUAUUUGGGUGGUCAACAAAGACGGUGGUAAUAAAGUUGACUCCAAGAAGCUGGAGAAAGCGGAGGCCAAACUAAUGCAGAAACAGGAGAAACGUCAGGAGGUGACCAAGUUCGGGGUUGUGCCAGUGGCUGUUAAGUUGCAAACGGCCACCGCUUCUCAGGUGACGAACAAAAAGAACACCAAACUGGAUCAAAAAGGACUCAAUCGUUCCAUGGACAUUAAAAUUGAAAACUUCGAUUUGGCAUUUGGAGAGAAAGUUCUCCUGCAAAAUGCUAAUUUGUUGCUGUCCUUUGGUCGUCGCUAUGGCCUGGUUGGCCGCAAUGGACUUGGCAAGACGACGCUGUUGCGCAUGAUUGCCGAGCGCCAGCUGCAAAUUCCAUCGCACAUAUCAGUGCUGCAUGUCGAACAAGAGGUAGUGGGCGACGACACAUCGGCUGUGGACAGUGUGCUUGAGUGUGAUACGGAGCGUACGCGUCUUCUGACAAGGGAGAAAGAAAUUCUGGCCGCUUUGAACAGUGGGGUGCAGGAUGCGGCGCUGUCAAGCGAGCUGAGCGAAACAUACGCCGCCUUGCAGAAUAUCGAGGCGGACAAGGCUGUGGCGCGUGCAUCUGUGAUACUUAAGGGUCUGGGCUUCGAUGCAGACAUGCAACAGAGGCCCACGAAAUCAUUCUCAGGUGGUUGGCGUAUGCGUUUGGCUCUGGCUCGGGCGCUGUUCUCCAAACCGGAUCUGCUGCUGCUCGAUGAGCCGACGAACAUGUUGGACAUCAAGGCCAUCAUUUGGCUGGAGACUUACUUGCAAACGUGGCCAACAACCAUUCUGGUGGUAUCUCACGAUCGCAACUUUCUGGACACUGUACCAACGGACAUCAUCCAUCUACAUUCCCAGGAACUGGAAGCAUACAAGGGUAACUACGAACAGUUUGAGAAGACAAAGACAGAGAAGCUUAAGUCACAGCGCCGUGAGUACGAGGCGCAACUGGCGCACAGGGCACAUGUACAGGAGUUUAUUGAUCGCUUCCGCUACAACGCUAACCGAGCCUCAUCUGUUCAGUCCAAAAUCAAGAUGUUGGAGAAGCUACCGGAGCUCAAGCCCGUUGAGAAGGAGACAAUUGUAACGCUCAAAUUUCCCGAAGUGGAGCCACUAAACCCGCCCGUGUUGGCCAUCUCAGAGGUCUCAUUCCGCUACAAUCCCGAGGAUCCGUUGCCCAUCUUCAAGGGCGUUAACCUGUCAGCCACUUCGGAUUCCCGCAUUUGCAUUGUGGGCGAGAACGGAGCAGGCAAAUCAACGUUGCUGAAGAUUAUUGUUGGCCAACUGAGCACCAUCCAUGGCAACAUUGUGCUGCAUCGCGGUCUUCGCAUAGGCUACUUUGCCCAGCAUCACGUCGAUCAUUUGAAUAUGAAUGUGACCUGUGUGGGCGUGCUGGCGGAGCUGUUCCCUGGCCGGCCCGAUGAGGAGUAUCGUCGACAAUUGGGCAGCUUUGGUAUCUCGGGUCCACUGGCUCUGCAGAGCAUCGCCAGCUUGUCUGGAGGUCAAAAAUCACGAGUGGCCUUAGCCAAAAUGUGCAUGGCGGAACCGAAUUUCUUGGUACUUGAUGAACCGACGAAUCAUUUGGACAUUGAAACAAUCGAUGCAUUGGGCAAAGCUAUAAAUGCAUUUAAGGGCGGUGUCAUUCUGGUCUCUCACGACGAACGUUUAAUUAAAGUCGUCUGCAAGGAGUUGUGGGUUUGUGGUAAUCGAACGGUGCGCGCUAUUGAGGGCGGCCUGGAUGAAUACAAACGUGAGGUAUACAAGGAAAUCGAAGCUAAUAGUUGAAUUUUUAUUAAUUUUACAAAAAACGAAAUAAGUGAAACAAUUUAGCAAUAAAUUUGUAGUAUGUCAAAGUUA